CCGCCACUACAUCACGGCACAUCACAACGCACCGAUCGGCCAUGGUUCUCUGCUCGCAGGCCAUCCCAUGCAAGUCAUGCAAGUGUUGUGCAACCGGAUCGGCAAUUGCGCCAGUUGUUCUUGCUCCUGUCCUCACAACUUCGCCACCAGACCGGGUACAAUGGUUUAAGAGGACGAAAGCCGAGUACACAAGCGGAUAUCACACAGAAGCCUAUCUGAAAGCUGGGGCCAGAAGUUCGAUGGACGAUGAUGCAGCGACGGCGACAUUCCAAGAACUACGCAGACUGGAGCGAAGGUUUCGAGCGCCCGAGAGAGUGUUUCCGACUCGAUGUGAGGAGUUGAGGACAGUGCCAGCUGCAAAAACCUUUCCCUUUCUGGACCUUCCUCCCGAGGUGCGCCUUUGCGUUUACGAAUAUGCACUUCGAGAACCUUUCGUCCAGCGCCUUCGCAACUUUGUAACGCCAGCACUUGCCAGAGCAUCAAAUCAGCUGCGACAAGAGUCACUUCCAGUCUGGUUCGCUAUCAACACUUUCGUGGCAGAGGUCAAAUCGACAUUUCUGGGCAUAUCAUUCUGCUCUUCUCAUGGAACGAGAGCUGAGUACAUCUCCGAGAAAGACACUCGCUAUAGGCGUCUCGGCAAUCUCGAUCUGAGUUCCGUUGUGACUGGUUUACUCGCCACACGCUCUCCAAGGAUGAUCAGGCUCAAAAACGUCGACUUCUGUAUGAUGAGUGCCGUCGAAAAGCGAGAUCGCACUGGAAGCGAUCGUUUUGCAAUGCUUUCGGUACGAGAUGGCCGCCCAGUGCGCAUCACCACACACGUCGGAGGUGGAAAAAGCUCCGAAUACAGCAAACAUGUGGAGCACGUUUUCGAAUCGGGCCGCUCGUUUCUCGAACAGCUGGUAUCGGACCCGGAGUACCAGGGUCUCUAUAUGCUGCAGCUCAAAGACGUUGCCGCGGCUUUCAGAGUGAAGCCACCUCUCCUUGGGAGUCCGGCUGAAGAACUGCAGCCAGCCGCGGCGCCUCUACCAACCAGCCAGGACGCAAAGCCUACGAAUCGAGCUCUCGGCACCUCUGGCGAGAACGACGCGGAUCGGAAACCCUUGCUCCCAGUGAAGCCAGUGAAAAAAGGCAACUCCGGCAAGCCAAUACCACUCAGCGACGAUUUCGAAUUGCCGCAUGCCGAGACAUACUUCUCAUAGGAGCCUUUUACCCCAGCCAACAAUGGUGACUAUCAACAGCGAAGGUUUUGCUUGCUUUUUUGGAGCAAGAUCUUCAGUCUGUGCGAUGUAUUGGAGUUGGCUGAGUAGAGCACAUCUCAGAUGAGCCGCUGGACUUCCUCGCGCAUUGAUUCUCUAGAUCACAGCACUCUGAAUAUGGGAU